AUCACCUUCCUACCAUCCCAUUACACCCCAAACCAAGGGAAUCUCCGGAACAUCCACCUACACCAUGUUCCAAUCCCGUCUGCUAGCGCCCCUUCGGGCCCUAGACCGGUCCAGCAGGACAUCCCUCCCAUCCGCUUUCCGCACCAUCACCACCACCACAACCACCCGCAUCAACACGACCACUCUCCGCACGCCCUCCUCCCUCCUCACCACCACACUCACCAAACCCACCCUCCCCCAAACCUCAUUCCCGAAUAUUCAAAUCCGCCACGCCUCCCACGCCACCCAAGGAACCGCAAACCGACACUCGCGCGACCCAGCAGGCAAACGUCUCGGCGCGAAGCGCACAGCCGGCGAAUACGUGGUCCCAGGCUGCAUCAUCUUCCGGCAACGGGGCACGAAAUGGUUUCCGGGGGAGAACUGCGCCAUGGGCCGCGACCAUACGAUCUAUGCGGCGCAGGCCGGGUACGUGAGAUAUUACCUCGAUCCGGAACGGCAUUCGGAGAGGAAGUAUAUUGGGGUGGUGUUUGAGAAGGAUGGGAAAUUGCCGGUGCCGAGGAAUGCCCCGAGUAGGAGGAAGUUGGGGAGGGUUAAGGUUAGGUUUGAGGUUGAGGGGGAGGAAGGGGUGAAGGGUGGGAAGGGGGAUUUGGUGGCGAAGGUUGGGGAGGAGGGGACGGUGGUGGGGAGUGUUGGGAAGGUGGAAAUCCAGCAGAGUGAGGAGUUGCAGUUGAGACCCGGGUAUAUGUAUCGUGAGGCGAAUUGGGUUAUUGGUCGCGCGGCGGAGAAGGCGGGUAUCACGGCUAAGGUGUAUAACCGCAAGAAUCGCUGGUUGGCGUGGAGGAAGAGGACGGCUAAGGCGGAGAGGGCUGCCCAGAUGAAGAGCUUGAAGAGUAAGAAGAAGGGGGCCAAGAAGGCGAAGAAAUAGAUCCUUCGUUGAGGAAGGGUUUACGGGGAUGCGGUAGAUGUGUGUGCUACUGGGUCAGGUCGGUUUCUUUUGUAUGUAUGUAUUAUAAAUGUUGAAUGUGGCAUUAAUUUUCGGUGUUGGCA